AGCACCACGUGGGUGCAAGGACUGCCGAGUAGGGAGGCACGUGGGGAGAGACAGUUGAAGGGGCACGGUCAGGUCUACUAUGCUGUAGAGAGGUCCAGAAGGAGAAGGGACUAAGCAAAAGCUAUCAGAUAUUGAAACUGGGAUCAUCAAUAACUUUGAAGAGAGAAGUUUUCGUUGAGUGAUGAUGUGGGAAGCCAGAUUUCAAAGGGCUGAGAAGUAAAGGAGAACAGAGCAAGAGGAGACUGUAGGAGAAGCAAGGUAAACACUCAGUAAAUAUUUAAUUGCCUGAGAAAAGUUCUUAUGAUGGGAUCAUUGACAGAAGGUUAUUGAGACUCCCAGAUGGAAAUAGUGGACAAAAGGUUCACAAAGUAGCACUGUUUCUUUGGAAGAUCAGAGGCAUGAUAGACACAUGAAGGCAACCCCAAAUUUUAAAUCAAAACCAACUUCACAGAGCAUCAACUACAAUCUCAUCAAAAAAGGAAACCUAGAGCGAGAACCUUGGAAGACCUUCAGCCCCAGCCAUCUCACUCCCAUUAAUGUCUCAGUCAAUGGAACUCCUUGCAUUCUCUUCUGGGCAAAGAGAAUAACAAUUAAAUUUAAAAAUCAGCCUCUAUUGGACCUCACAGAUAAGACAUUUGGAAAAGAAGCAAGAGUGGAUAUUGGCAAUUCAAACUGCAGUGAAGAAAAUGCCAUGCUUUGCCUGAAAUUUGGUGAUAUUGACAAUCUAAAAGGACUUGACAUCAGAUUCAUCUUGAUCAACUAUAACAGAUUGUCUGUUCAGAGCUGGUUUAGUUUACAUAGAGUUCAGAUUCUUUAUAAUAAUUCAAUCCAAGCAACUUUUAAGGCAACUCGAAUCCAUGCUCCAUCAAAGUAUUCCUAUCACUGUCAGCAUGUCAGCAGCCUGCAGAGAUACGAUGCGCUUUUGGUGCCCAGCUCCACAAAUGACAUCUCCAGGCUAUGGGAAGUCACUUUUAUUGAUUUCCAGAUUCAAGGUUUUAAUGUCAAGGAGGGCCAAUUUUCUCACCCCAGGGACUGUGCCUCGUUCUUCUCCCCAGCCAUUCUGAUGGGCCUGGCUAUGUCCCUGAUCCUGUUGCUGGUGCUGGCAUAUGCCCUACACAUGCUGAUCCACCUGAAGUCCCUUGACAGGCACUAUGACCGCAAAGCGUCGCCCGCCUACUUUGUGCCCAUGAAAGACCUCGAGGUGGCCACUGAAGAGAAGGAGCCACUGAGGAACCAUGGGCAUGACUCCCAUGAACCGAAAAGCCCACACAUCUGCAACAUUUAUGUGUAGUACCUCUCCUCUUCUUCACCUCUAACAGCCUGUGGGGUUUUUUUCUGCUGCUUUGUGUCAUUUUACUUGCAAAUUAGUUAAAGGUUUUGACAGGAUGACUUGAUUUAGAAGGGAAAGAAGAGAAAAGAAAGGAAAAGAGAGAAAGGAAAAGAGAAAAGAAAAGAAAAAAAGAUUCCUUGGUUGUUCUGCUCAGCCAUCUAUGAGUCUCCUGAGAUGCCCUCUGAGCCUUGCAGGAGGCUUCUCCUGGAAAAGAGA